CCUUGUCGGUCAUCAGAUGUUGAGAGUUGGUUGCAGACCUGGUGAUAUCCAAGCUUAGUCAGCAAACCCUCGUUCCGUUUUCGCGAACCCUCGCACGGACAAAGCCGCAGGCGAACUUCAACCUGAACGCCAGCAACAUUCCUCGUUUCCUUGCACCACUCUACACACCUCCCUACCCGAUUCAUCCUUCACCCGGGCCGCCAUUCUCAUGCUCCACCCAAUUCACGACUAAACCGAGUCCCUGCAAUUUCCACGUCCACCCCGACUGCCUCCCGCAGGUGACAGCCAUGGCAAACAUCAACACCUACGACUUCGCCGACGAGGAGGAUGAGGAAGACUUCAACCCUCAAGCCGAAAUUGGCUCAGAUGACGAAGAGGAUGCCAAGCCGGUGGUGAAUGGUGGACGCCGUGAUGACACAUCUGCUCGUGCUUCGCGGGCGCGCAGUGAGCCCAAGAAUGAUGGGGAUGAACUCAAAGAUGAGGAUGCCGAUGAUGCCGGAGUUGUGGGCUUCGGCAGAGACGAAGACGAUGAAAAGGCAGAUGAAGAUGAGGAAGAGCGGCCGAGGGGAAGGCGGGGUGGUGGUGACGAGGAAGAUGAGGAUGACGAGGAGGAAGAUGAGGAAGAGGAAGAGGAUGAAGACGACGAAGACGACGAUGAUGUUCAGGAUCAGCCAUCUCGUAAGCGUCGAAAGCGCGCUCGUGGCAACCAGUUCAUCGAUGUCGAGGCCGAAGUCGACGAGGACGAUGAAGAGGAGCCGGAAGAAGACGAUGAGAUGCCGGGCGAUGAGAUGCAUCCGGAUGAUCUGCAGGACUUGGAUCAGGCCGCCGAUCGAGAUGACCGCAAACACCGAGAGCUUGAUAGACAGCGCGAAAAGGCCUCCCAACUCGACGCAGAGGCGACCGCCGCCAGACUCAAAGAGCGUUAUGGCAGGCAGGCGCGAUCCGGCGGCGGCACCGGCGCCAUCGUUCCCCAGCGUCUACUUCUGCCGAGUGUCGACGACCCUCGCAUCUGGCGCAUGAAGUGUCGCCCGGGAAAGGAGAGGACAAUCCUCGACCAUCUCAACACACGCAUCCUCGAACGAAUAAACUCCACCCGCGACCCCAUCUUGAUCUUCUCCGCCUUUGAGCGCGGUGGCGGUCCCAUGGCUGGUAAUCUCUACGUGGAAGCUCACAGCCAGGACGAGGUACAGAAAGCUCUGGAUGGCAUUUCACAUGUCUUCCAUGGCACCAAACCCUUCCUCAUCCCACUCGAAGAGAUGCCGGAUUUGCUGCGAACUAAGAAGGACAAGCGCCUCGAGACUGGCAUGUACGUGCGCAUCAAGCGCGGACUGUACUCGGGCGAUCUGGCGCAAGUCGACGAGGUGGACCCCAACGGAACCGACGUUACGGUACGACUGGUGCCCCGUCUCGACUACGGCUUGAACGAAGAUACCAAUGCCCCUAUCGAGGUAGAUGCAAAUGGUAAGCGCAAGCGCACAAUCAAACCACUCGCCAAUCGGCCACCUCCAAGGCUCUUCAGCGAAGGCGAGGCCAAGAAACGACACGGCAGGUAUCUCAACAAGUCUAGCGGCCUCACCAAUGCAUGGACGUAUCAAGGCAAGGAGUACAUCAAUGGCUUUUUGGUGGAGACCUUCCGUGUCAGUGCAAUGCAGAGCGCGAAUGUCAAUCCAACGCUCGAAGAGGUGACGCGAUUUGCAUCUGGCGAUGAAGACGGCACGGAGAAUCUCGACCUGGCUGCCCUGGCCGCCACGCUCAAGCAAUCCACCGCCACCGACUAUCUCCCCGGCGACAAAGUCGAGCUCUUCCGUGGCGAGCAAAAGGGUGUCGAGGGUCACGCUGUGGAGGUGUAUGGUGAGGUGGUCAAGAUGAAGGUCGAUUCUGCCGGAGCACUUCGCGGCCAAGUCAUCGAAGCACCCAUCAAAGAUUUGCGGAAACUCUUCCGCGACGGUGAUCACGUAAAGGUUAUCGGCGGCAGCAAAUACUACGACGAAGUGGGCAUGGUCGUUCGGACCAAGGACGACCGCGUAACUCUGCUCACCGACACCAGCCAGAAAGAAAUCACAGUCUUCAGCAAGGAUCUCCGCGAAGCUACUGACUCCGGGGGGAACGUUGCGGGAAGCAAGUACGAUCUCUUCGAUCUGGUGCAGCUCGAUGCCGCUACAGUGGGUGUGGUGAUUAAGGUUGAUCGUGAGAGCCUGCGAAUCUUGGAUCAGAAUGGCUCUGUGCGCCCACUCCUCCCCUCCGCCAUCUCGAACAAGCUCGAGAAGCGCAGAAACGCCGUGGCGACCGAUCGUGACGGCAACGAGAUGAAAAUCGACGACCAGAUCAAGGAGUCUAGCGGCGAGCAAAAAUCCGGUCGCGUGCUACAUCUGCACCGCAACUUCGUCUUCGCGCAGGAUCGAGGGCGAUCGGAGAAUGCAGGCGUCUUUGUCGCUCGCCACGCCAAUGUCGUAACCGUUGCUGCUAAGGGCGGCAGGGCGACCAACGGCCUCGACCUCUCCAAGAUGAACCCUGCCAUGAAGCAGAACGGCUCGCCAGGCAUGGGCGCCAUGGCACCCCCACAGCAACGAGGCCGCGAUCGACUGAUCGGCAAAACAGUCAAGAUCCGCAUCGGCGCCAACAAAGGCAUGCUAGGCAUCGUCAAAGACGCCAGCGACACGGUGGCCAAAGUGGAACUGCACGGCAAGACGAAGGUCGUCUCCAUCCCCAAGGAGCAGCUCACGCAAGUCGACAGCCACACGGGCAAGGCCAUGGGUCCCGCUAUGGGAAGCAGCAUGCCCGCUCGCACGCCUAUGCCUGCCUACGGUCGCACGCCUUUUGGUGCUUCGGCUACGGCUGCUGCUGGGGGGCGGACACCGGCAUACGCGAUGGGCACCACGGGCGGGCGCACGCCAGCUUGGAAGCAGGACGUUGGCGCCCGGACGCCGGCUUACGCGGGCACGAGUUAUGGCGGUGGAGCUGGUGGUGGACAAACGGCGUACGGAGGGCAAACAAGCUACGGCGGCGCCACAAGCUACGGAGGCGGCAGUGUAUGGGGUGGCGGCGGCGGCGGAGGGCAAUCCACCUGGAACCCCAACCCCUCCUCCCGCACCCCCGCCCAUAACCCAGGCAACAAAACUCCCGCUUACGGCGGCGGGCUGGAAGCGCCGACGCCGGGCUUCUACGGCGACCACACGACGCCUGGUGGGUUCAGGGGCGCGGCGGCGGCGCAGCAGUAUACUACGCCUGCUGCUUAUACGCCUGGUGGACAGUAUCCCGAGACUCCGGCGGGGGAUGGGCCGACUUAUGAGUGAUUGUUUGAUUGACCAGGGCAGGGGGUAUGACAUCCUAUUGGCAUUGGUUAGGGGUGCAAGUGUAGCAGUCAGACGAAGAUCAGGCUUUCAAUCCAAG